UGCAGGCAGGUGGCCGAGAGGUCCGCUCGCCCCGCGUCCCGUCCGCGCGCGCCUGGGUCGGGCCGGGCUCGGAGCCCCAGCCAUGCUGUUCUGGCACACCCAGCCCGAGCACUACAACCAGCACAACCCCGGCAGCUACCUGCGGGAUUUGACUAGUGCUCUUCAGAGGGAAAACGACGUCCUCGCUCUGCCCAUCUUCAAGCAGGAGGAGCCGCAGCUGUCCCCCGAGAACGAGGCCCGCCUGCCGCCCCUGCAGUAUGUGCUGUGCGCUGCCACGUCCCCGGCUGUGAAGCUGCACGAGGAGACCUUGACCUACCUCAACCAAGGUCAGUCUUAUGAAAUCCGACUGCUGGAGAACAGGAAACUGGGAGACUUUCAGGAUCUGAACACAAAAUAUGUGAAGAGCAUCAUCCGCGUGCUGUUUCACGACCGGCGCCUGCAGUACACGGAGCACCAGCAGCUGGAGGGCUGGCGGUGGAGCCGGCCCGGGGACCGGAUCCUGGACAUCGAUAUUCCACUGUCUGUUGGUAUCUUGGACCCCAGGGCCAGCCCGACCCAGCUGAAUGCAGUCGAGUUUUUGUGGGAUCCUUCAAAGAGAGCGUCUGCGUUCAUUCAGGUGCACUGCAUCAGCACCGAGUUCACCCCGAGGAAGCAUGGGGGCGAGAAGGGGGUGCCCUUCCGGGUGCAGAUCGACACCUUCAAGCAGAGCGAAAAUGGGGAGUACACGGAGCACUUGCAUUCAGCCAGCUGCCAGAUCAAGGUGUUCAAGCCGAAGGGAGCCGACCGGAAGCAGAAGACGGACCGGGAGAAGAUGGAGAAAAGAACCGCCCAAGAGAAGGAGAAGUACCAGCCGUCCUAUGAGACCACCAUCCUCUCAGAGUGCUCCCCGUGGCCCGACAUGGUUUACCAGGUGAAUAGUGCCUCAUCCCCAAGCUACAACGGCUCACCAAACAGCUUUGGCCUCGGCGAAGGCAACAGCUCCCCGACCCACCCAGUGGAGGCCCUGCCUAUGGGCAGCGAUCACCUGCUCCCCUCGGCCUCCAUGCAGGACGCCCAGCAAUGGCUCCACCGCAACAGGUUCUCCCAGUUCUGCCGGCUCUUCGCCAGCUUCUCGGGUGCUGACCUGCUCAAGAUGUCCCGAGAUGACUUGGUCCAGAUCUGUGGCCCUGCAGACGGGAUCCGGCUCUUCAAUGCCAUCAAAGGCAGGAACGUGAGGCCGAAGAUGACCAUUUACGUCUGCCAGGAGCUGGAGCAGAGCCGCGUGCCCCUGCAGCAGAAGCGGGACGGCAGUGGGGACCCCAACCUGUGUGAAGGACCUGUCCUCCGCCCUCCAGUGUACCACGCCAUCUUCCUGGAGGAGCUGACCACCUUGGAGCUGAUCGAGAAGAUUGCCAACCUCUACAGCAUCUCGCCGCAGCACAUCCACCGGGUGUACCGCCAGGGCCCCACGGGCAUCCACGUGCUGGUCAGCAACGAGAUGGUGCAGAAUUUCCAAGAUGAAUCCUGUUUCAUCCUCAGUACCUUAAAAGCUGAGAGCAAUGACGGCUACCAUGUCAUCCUGAAAUGCGGCCUCUGAGCAGAUGCAGAGUGGGCAGCUGCCUCCCACACCCAGCCCCACGGACCCCCUUGGAUGUAGAUAUCACACCCCUGGAAGCUGUGGCGCGGAGGGACCUGGCCCGGCCCGUGAAAGCCACAGACCUGCGGACGCUGCGGGUCUGGAGGGCAGAAAGCCAAGCAGCUCCUCUCUCCCCCACCUUAGCCCCCAGCUUUGGGACAGUCCCCCGUUCUUUUUCCCGGUCCUUCCAUCUGAAAAGGCCAACGGGGGCCACCUGCUCUGAAACCUCUUGCUCCCCUGGCUGGAGGCUGGUUCACCAGGUACCUGGGUGACGCUGUGCGGGUUCCUUCUGCCCGUUCUCCUGCCUCCAGAGAAGGCUCUGCCUCUCUCGCAGGCCUUCACCCUCUUCUCUGCUGACUGGCUGGGUCCCUGGGCGGCUGACUGCCUGGGGUGGUUCGAGACGGUCCUGUCUCCGUGUGGGUUUCCCGUCUUGGUGAUCCUGGUGAGCGUCUGUCCUUCCUCUUCCUGGAUGGCUUGAUGGGUGUUGGGUUGACUCUGCCUUCUGGUUCUUUUCACAUUGACCUUGAUUCUAAGUGUCUGCUGCUGCUCACAGCCCAGAGGGGGCCUUGCGUUUCUCCAUUGCUGGGGUAGACACUCCGGAGCCACCCACAGCUGGUUCUAAGGCCCUUGGGGAGGAGAGGAUGGGGCUGAGAAGACUAUUUUUAGGCACAUUCUCAUGAAUAUAAAAAGGAAGAGAACCAAAUGCUUCCUCUUGGGCUUUUUUUGGGUGUAAGUUUGUUUCCUAAGCAGCUGUGGGUGGAGGAGGACUAGAAAGUGAACAUCUUGUUGCAGGAUCACAUGACCUUGACUAUCCUGAUGCCAAGUCCUCUUGGAUGGACUCACCAAAUCCCAUUUAGAGAGGACCACUAACCUUCCCAAGCUCCCUAGGGACGUUGUAUUUUCUGGGAGGGCUCCCCUUUGAAGGUCUCUCUUUUUCCAUUUGUAGAGGCUGUGUUUGGGCACUUCUCCUGCGUUAGAGUGGCUGGAUCACCUUUCUUAGAUAAUCGGUAGACUCAGGAACUAGCAUCUGUCUCUGUUACUCGGGACCCUGUGAUCUGUGUUACUAACGUAGGUUCAUCUAAUAGAGAUGGUGAGCACUGUGACCCAUGGAGCAGGAUCUGAUAGCCUUCAAAGUCGAGCUUUUGGGGACUAGAAUGUUUUGGGGGAAUAUAGAGAUGAUCCUAACUGGGUAACCUUGUUCUACAGACAGAGAACCUGAAGCCUAGAGGGGCAAAGCCUGAUAUCCCAUAGUGAUCGGGCGAUAAUGUAGAUUUGUCAUCUAAACCAGGGCAUCUCUGAGAGCAAAAGGCACUCUGGUGGUAAUACUGCUUGGACCACAGGUGUGAUGUAAGGACAGGCUUCUCAUUCCCUUUCCAUUUUGGGGCUGCAUGUAGCAGCCUUCUUGAGAUAUAAUUCACACACUAUACAGUUUACCUAUUUAUAGUGUACAGUUCUGCGAUUUUUUUUAGUCAAUUCACAGGAUCACCACAAUCAAUUUUAGAACAUUUUCAUCACCCAAGACAUCUCAUGUAUAUGGAAUCAUACAAUAUGUGGUCUUUCAUGGUCUUUUUUUUUCACCUAGCAUAGUGUUUUCUAGGGUCAUCCAUAUUGAACAUGUAUCAAUACUUCGGUCUUUUUAUAGCUUAAUAAUAUUUCAUUCCAUGGGUGGACUGCAUUUGUUUAUCCAUCCAUCACUUGAUGGAUAUUUGACUUGUUUCUGUCUUGGGGCUAUUGUGAAUAAUGCUGCUAUGAAAUAUUUGUACACGGUUUGGUGUGUUUUCUUUCAGGAAUAUACAUAUGACUGGAAUUGCUGGUUCAUUUAGUAACUCCAUGUUUAACUUUUUGAGGAACUGCCAGACUGUUUUCCAAAGCAGCUGCAUCAUUUUACAUUCCCAUCAGCAGUGUCUGAGGGUUCCGGUUUUCCCCCAUCCUCACCAACACUUGCUAGUAUCUGUCAUUUUGAUGAUAGCAUCCCAAUGUGUGUGAAGUGGUGUCUCAUUGGAGUUUCAAUUUGCAUCUCCCUGAUGGCUAAUGAUGUUGAGUAUUUUUUCAUGUGCUUACUGACCAUUUGUAUGUCUUCUUUGGAGAAAUAUAUAUUCAUAUCCUUUGCCUGUU